AGAAUCCGGCAGAUGUUUGUGGAAUAUUUCAAAAGCUCUGACCACCUCUUCGUUCCCUCAUCUUCCGUCAUUCCGAAGAAAAAUGACGGAUCAUAUUUUGUUAAUUCAGGAAUGAAUCAGUUCAAGCCAAUUUUUCUCGGCACAGUUGAUCAGUCGAGUGAAAUGGCCAGUUACAAGCGUGUUGUGAAUUACCAAAAGUGCAUCAGGGUUGGAGGUAAACAUAAUGACCUUGAAGAUGUAGGUCAUGAUUAUUAUCAUCAUACUUUCUUUGAAAUGCUAGGCAACUGGUCCUUUAAUGACUAUUCAAAAGCAGAGGCUUGUAGAAUGGCCUGGGAUUUAUUAACCAAUGUUUAUGAGAUUCCUGCCUCUCGACUCUACAUAACAUACUUUGUUGGUUCGGAGAAGCUGGGGCUGAAGGCUGAUGAGGAGUGUAAAGACAUCUGGAUUCAACUUGGAGUACCAAAAGAAAGAAUUUUGCCAUUUGGCAUGAAAGAUAAUUUUUGGGUGAUGGGUGAGGUAGGCCCGUGCGGUCCCUGCUCUGAGAUACAUUACUAUCAUGGGGGUGGAAGUGCCGACAAGGCGAGGGAUUUUGUGAACAGAGGUGUUGAAGAUAUGAAAGAAAUAUGGAAUUUGGUAUUUAUGCAGUAUGAUAGGCAACCAGAUGGUUCUUUGAUGAACCUCCCAGCAACUCAUAUUGACACAGGCAUGGGCUUGGAGAGGUUGACAGCUCUUUUGCAAUCGAAGUCUUCAAACUAUGACACCGAUCUCUUCAGAGGAAUAUUCAACCACAUUUCGUCACUUGCCAACGUUGACAAAUAUGGUGGAAGUUUAGUAAGUAAGACGGAUGUUGCCUACAGAGUUGUGGCCGAUCAUGUGCGUAUGGCAACCAUCUGCAUAGCUGAUGGUUUGAUGCCAGGCAGGAAAGAUUCCGAGUUAUUGAGGCAAGUGAUAUACAGAUGCUUGUAUCAAGCCCAGGAAGUUCUCAAAAUGCCCCAACACACCAUUCAUUCAUUGGUUGCCAUUGUUGUCCAAUCACUGAAAGUUUCCUAUCCUUAUCUAGAAGAGAACACCAAACAGAUUGAAGAGGUUAUCAGAGAGACGGAACACCGGUACUUGUGCAACAUCACAACAGGCAGGAAAAUUAUGAAGAAGGCGUUGAACAGUCAGUCCUGUUCUGAAAACCAUAAACUGUCUGAAGGAUACUUUGGAAGUGCUGUAUCAUAUGACAUCAUAUCACUGCUGGCUCAUGAAUUCAACGUUUCAUUAGAUCAUGAUGAUUACGAAAGAUGCUUGUCAAAUAUCAACAAGGCCAAACCUCUUGCCGUUUCACCACUACAGCCUGCACCUUUUCAACGACCCAUCUCUCUAACUCAGCAAGAUGUGAUGAGAUUGAAGGAAAUGAACAUCGCCAGCACUGACGAUUCUCACAAAUAUGUAUACACUGUUGACCAGCAACGCGACUAUGGUUCAAUUAUUGUUAACUUUUUCAUUUUAAUUCUGAGAUCUUGUGGCAUUGUAUUGGAUAGAACGUGUCUGUAUGCUACUUCUGGUGGUCAACAAGCUGACCUUGGCCAUAUUGUCAUUGUCAUAAAUGAGGUAGUGGAUGUGAUGAAUUGCGCCGGAUACAUCCUGCAUUGCUUCGAGGGUGUCAGUGGGACUAUCAGAGUUGGUGAUCACGUCGACGUCUGCUGUUCUAAGGUUCGCCUAACAAACAGCAGCAGCAACCACACAAGCACACACAUUCUCAACUUUGCACUUCGGCAAGUUCUCGGAGGUCCAAUCAAACAGCAGGGCUCCAUGGUUAAAGACCAGUUCCUCACUUUUGAUUUUUCUUCUGUUAAAGCAACUAUAACACUAGAUGAUCUGAGAGAAGUCAGUAGGACAGCUAAUGAAAUUGUGAAGAAAGAUAUGAAAAUAUACAGGCAGGUGGUUCCUCUUGAUAUGGUUCAGAAUCUGCCAUUUGUUAUAAAACUGGAUGAUGAUUCCUAUCCAAAGAUGGUCAACGUGGUUUCGAUAGGAUCCCCACUGGAUAAGAUACUGCACCUGUCAUCAUCGUCCCUCUAUCAGCUCCCACCUUGCUCCAUUGAGUUGUGCGCUGGCACUCACGUGGGAAGAACUGGUGACAUUGGCAACAUAGUGAUCACAAAUUACGAAGGUUCCAUUCAAGGUAGCAAAAGAAUUACUGCCGUGACAAGAGAUGCUGCAAACAAAGCCUUACAGAACGUUGACGACGCGAGAAACAAGUUGCUUCUUAUCUCCAGCUCUGAAGACAUAUCUAAAAAAUUGAUGAUUCUGAAAGAUUUAGAUAAGAGUUUAUCCGCUGGUUUGUUACUUCCAAAAAUAGAGAGAGAGAAUAUUCUGGAAGAUUUGAAGAAUUUGAAUUUUGAGUUGAGCCAGCAUAAGAACAAACUCUCAACAUUCCACAUCAAACAGGGCUUGUUAGAACGAAUAAGCAAAAGUAAGAAUGAAUGUGUAAUCUGUACAUAUCCUAUUUCCAGAACCAGAGAGGUGAGUAAUAGUUCAAUUUUUAGUC